AUGUUUGCUACAACAUCUUCUACAACCACCACUACCACCACCACCACAACAACAACAACAAACAAUAGUAAUAUUCAUCCAUCGUCAUAUAUCGUUGCGACGCCAACAACCGCCGCUGCCACGACGAAUGCUACACUUGAAACCACAGCCACUAAUGCUACGACACCACAAACAUUAAGUGAUAUCAAACUUAUCUGCACUCAAAGAAAGAAGAAAACCAAACGUCAUAUUUAUUUAACAUUUGUUGAAAGUUGUUCGAUAACAUCUCCAACUGACCAUCCAUCCAUUGAAGUGACACGAAAGGCAAAUGCAUCGUCUCCAUAUUUAUCCUAUUCAUUAAAUGACUGUAUUUCCUUUGAAUAUUUUGAUACAGUGAAAAAUGAUUUUCAGUCAUAUAUAUAUGCUUAUUUCGAAUCGUUCACUGUAUCCAUCUUAUUUUCCGAUGAAGAUUUUGACAAAAAAUCUCUCAUUAUCAAACAUUUGGAAUAUAUGUAUCACAGUAAAACGGAAAAACCUUCAGAAAUCAACAACAACGCACAAGAUCCUUCGCAACCUCAACCAGGACCAUCCCAAUCACAACAGCAAGCGCCGAUCUUACCAUGUCCGUCAACGACUGAUCACAUUCUUCAUGCAUUUGAUGUCUGCCUCAUUCCGUAUGGCCCAAUUAUACAUCGUGAUCACACUUUAAAUGGUCCAGCGCGUCUCUAUUUCACUACAACAGAUCUCUAUAUCGCAUCAAUUAAUUGUAAUCGCGCUGACCUAAAAACCACAAUUACAAAUCAAUGUCCAUCGAAAGACAAAGCAAUCCUAUGUAUUCCAUAUUUUACAAUAAAAAACUAUGGCAAUCGUUCGAAUAUCUUUCUGAUUGAGUUAGGCAAAUCCAAUUAUGGAAAUGGAGAAAUUCAUAUGAAAUGUUAUUCAUCAUCAUUAGCAAGUACAAUUCAUUUAUUAGUGAGUCCAGUGAUCGAGGAGCGACCAUUAAUUUUAUCAUCAGCAUUUCAAAAUCAAUUGUUAACACACAAACGUAUCGAGAAAUUGAAAACAAUUCAUCCACCUGUUCAAUUGACACAAGAUACGACCAAUCAUCCAAUCCUAGAUCCACAAUCACCAUCUUUAGCCGUGCUCAAAAAGAAAUCAUCUGAAGCAGCCGAGGCCGAUUCUCAGCAAUUAUCGUUAACAACUGCAACACCAACAACUAAUGAGCCGAAAUCACGUCUAAUUGUUGGUUUCUUUCGAACAUUGACAAAAAAUGUGUCACAUUUACGGCGUUCGGCAACGUUUCAUCACAACAAUAGCAGUAAUAAUACGAAUCAUCAACAUAACGAACAACUCAUAUCGUCGGAGAUCAACAAUUUGCUACCGAAAAAUAAAUCAGUUGCAUUCAAUAUUGAUGAGAAGACGUUUCACAACGAUCAGCAUCAAAUCAUUCUACCCGAAUCUCAGAAGAAGGCGGAAUCAACAUCAACCGUAUCAUCAACAAUGACGAAACAAACAAGUGAGACUAUGUUAACAUCAACAUCGACAUUGAAUACCAAUAAACAAGACUCAACCAUGGGCACAUAUAUCGAUAUGGGGCCGACAGUUCCGAAAAUCGAUCAAAAUCAAGAGGAAGAUAUCAAAGAUGAAGUAAUUGUCAAAGAAACAACAGCAACGGCAGAUAUUGGUGUGAAUACGACAAUCAGUUUAUCACCUUGCGUUCGUUCAGCAAUCAUCGUUGGUAAUUCGGUUCAUUUGAUUGCUGAUGGUAUGCUAGUUGAUCUUGAUCAAACGAUAAUAUUCAUUGAACGUUUUCUUUUAGAAAAAUCUCUCUUUCCUAUUGGUCAACGUUCGUUCACAUCUCCUGCUAGUGUCAUGCAACCAUUCAAAACUCAAUUGAAUGGUCCAUCAUUGAGUAAUCCUUAUGGUAAUUAUAAUCUUCAUCUUUCUGCAAAAGUCCAAUCGUACAACUGUCGAAUAUUUCGUUUAGGUACAUCAGCAGACUUGAUUACGUCUUCACCCAACAGUUUCAACUCCAUCCCCCAAGCAAAUUCCGUUUCCAAUUCACAGCAGUCCCUGUUUCUUUCGUAUGGUAUAGUUACAUUCAAUAAGAAUGAUCUAAUAACAAAUGAACAAACUGAACGUGCGACUAGUCCACCGUUAGAUGGUUCUACACUCGAGCGUCGUCUCAAUUCCGAUCUUAGUCUGAUGUCUAUGCCUCAGCAACAGCAAGGACAACAGCAAGGUUCUAUUGUUCAUCCUUUAGAUAACGUUUUGUCUGCAUCUAGCACGCAAAUCUUCCGUAAUCUAUCGGUGUCAGCAAAUAACAUUGGUGAUACAACAUCCGGUUCCAUUCGAACUCCUCACGGUUCAAUUAUAUUCUUCGAUGAAAAUCUUACUGAUCAAACAACAACAUAUCUUCUUGGCUUGCCUUCUGUUAUCAAUGAUGAAACAAUACAAGCGAACANUUCUAUUGUUCAUCCUUUAGAUAACGUUUUGUCUGCAUCUAGCACGCAAAUCUUCCGUAAUCUAUCGGUGUCAGCAAAUAACAUUGGUGAUACAACAUCCGGUUCCAUUCGAACUCCUCACGGUUCAAUUAUAUUCUUCGAUGAAAAUCUUACUGAUCAAACAACAACAUAUCUUCUUGGCUUGCCUUCUGUUAUCAAUGAUGAAACAAUACAAGCGAACACUUCUCGCUUACCAUCAUUCAAUUUAACAACAUCCAUUUCACGUCCUCAACUGUCGCAUAUCGACGAAAAAGAAGCUUCCGCACAUGAUCCUUAUGCUUUACUUGAACCAAUACCCUCGAAAAAUACCACACCCAAAACAUCGUCAACUACACUGACAAAUCCUUUGCCAACAUCGGACAAAUCUUUGGAUUAUGUCGAUUUACUGCUGCCAUCACACGUCAAUACUGAAACUUGGGACAAUCACGAUCAACAACAAGCCAGUAAUUCGGAUGAUCAGAUCGACGAAGCAAAUGAUUAUGAAGAAAAUGAACGUGAAAAUCCCGAGCAAUCAUCAACAAAACUUUACACUGAUAUUGAUUUUCAUCAAACUCAACGUCGUGAUCGUAUUGUUCAAUCGGCAGCUCGAGCAAAAAAGGAAGAUCAAGCGCCACCAUUUGUUCUCUAG